AUGAAGCUAACCGCUGAACUGCUUGCGCAGUGUGACUCAUCCAUCAAUACACUUAAAGAGCGCGAGCUGGACUUGCGUGGCUUCAAGAUCCCAGCUAUUGAAAACCUUGGUGCUUCGCGUGAUCUAAAUGAUACAAUUGAUCUGACAGAUAAUGACGUGCGAUAUUUGGGGAAUUUUCCGCGCAUGCUGAGAUUGCGAAAUCUCACGUUUUCGAACAAUCUCAUCUCCCGUAUCGAUCCCCACAUUCACAAACAAUUGCCGUAUCUUGAGUCGCUGGUACUUACGAACAAUGCCGUGACCGAUUUUCAGGAGCUCGCGCAUCUUCGUCGCCUACGCUAUCUGCGAUAUCUGUGCCUUAUGGGAAACCCCAUUGCACGCGACAAGCAUUACCGUGAGUUUAUUGUAUGGUGCAUGCCCCACUUGCGCGUGCUAGAUUAUCGACGCAUUACCGAGCGUGAACGCGCCGUUGCACGCAAGGCAUUUGAGUCCUCAGGAGGCCGUCUGUCUGAACUGGCUGCAUCUCUUACUCGUUACAAGUCACCGGUAGUUGGGGCUGCGGCGAACGCCGCACGUGCGUUGUCAUUCGAUCCUGGCGCUCCUAUGCCAACGGCUGGCCGACGACUGACAGCUGAAGAACGCGCGGCAAUAUCUGAUGCCAUCGAUCAGAGCCAGAGUAUGGAAGAGAUCCGUCGCUUGGAAGAGCAACUCAAGCUUGGCUAUGUGCCCACGAAGUAA